AUGUCCUCAACUUCCUUUAUUUCCAGAAUUGCUCACCCAAGAGUUCUCAUCCCAUUAACCGUCGUUGCUGGAGGAUUAUCAAUUGCAGCAUUCAAUUACUCUACAUUCUCAAGAACUAUGUCUAACGAAGCAGGCAAAACCUUUAAAGGUGACAACGAGUGGAUUGACUUGAAGUUAAAGAAGGAAUGGCACGUUUCUCCAAACACCAAGCACUUGGUGUUCGAUUUGGAAGAUAAGGACCAUGUUUCUGGAUUGAUCACAGCCAGUGCUCUUUUGACCAAGUUUGUUACUGAAAAGGGUAACAAUGUCAUCAGACCAUACACUCCAAUUUCCGAUAUUGAUGAAAAGGGACAAAUUGAGUUUGUCAUCAAGAAGUACGAUGGCGGUAAGGCAUCCACCCACAUUCACGAGUUAAAGGUUGGUGACUCUUUAUCGUUUAAGGGACCAAUUGUCAAAUGGAAGUGGGAACCAAACCAAUACGAAUCCAUUUCUUUAAUUGGUGGUGGUACUGGAAUUACUCCUUUAUACCAGUUAUUGCAUGAAAUCACGAAGAAUCCAGAAGACAAGACUAAGAUCAACUUAUUUUUCGGUAACUUGACCAAGGAUGACAUCUUAAUUAAGAAGGAAAUCGAUGACAUUGCUUCCAAGCACAAGGAACAGGUCAAUGUUGUCUACUUUUUAGACAAGGCUCCAGAAAACUGGGAAGGUGAGACUGGCUACAUCUCGAAGGAAUACUUAGAGAAGAACUUGCCAGGCCCAAGUCCAAAGCACAAGGUUUUCAUCUGUGGUCCCCCACCAUUGUACAAGUCCCUUUCCGGCCCUAAGGUUUCACCAACUGAUCAAGGUGAAGUUACCGGGGGUUUGGCUGAAUUGGGUUACACCAAGGAACAUGUCUACAAGUUUUAG